CCAAAGAACCAUUUCAAGCGCUCACUACGUGAUACGAAUGGAGAAAUUAUCUGGCCAGCACCAAAGAAUAAGAUUAAGGCAGCAAGGAAAUUCAUUCAAGAGUGUGUUUCAGCCAAGCAACGGACCCUUAUCGUUCCUGAUAGAGACGUCGACGGGCUCACCUCCGGAGCUAUUUUGGAGCGGACUUUGGUACUCCUUGGCCUUGACAAGGAUCUAAUAUCAGUCCACACUAUCCGAAAAGGCGGUCGUCUUGACGAUGACGUGUCUCGAAAGGCCAUGGCCGAUUACAAGCCUGCUUUCAUCUUCGUCCUGGACCAUGGCUCACAGCAAUCUCCUCCUCUUAUCGAUGCCCCCCAUAGAGCAAUAGUCAUCGACCACCACUACGCGGAGGAGAAUGAACAUCCUCAGGAUGCCCUUCUUGUUACGGCCGACAACAGUCCUCCCGUCGCGACUAGCUCACUGCUGACGUAUCUCAUCUGCCUUGACCUGCACGAAGAAGUAAAAGAGAUAUGCGAUUGGCUCUGUGUCUUGGGCACACUUGGAGAGUUGGGCAACAUGGUCAAGUGGGAGCCGCCCUUUCCAAACAUGAAGCCGACGAUCGAGAUGCAUAAAACGGGCAUAAUCUAUCAAGCAAUCUCGCUCAUCCAUGCUCCCCGCCGGACCGCAGCUUGCGAUGUCACGAUUGCAUGGAAGGCCCUGAGGGCUGCCUCCUCCCCGAAAGAGCUCACUAAGGACAAAAAUCUAGUCGCAGCCAGGCGCGAAAUACAUGAAGAAUUUAUGCGAUGCAACAAAAGUGCUGCGCCUAGAUUCUCUGCUGACGGGAGAGUAGUCGUCAUUUACCUCAGCUCGGAAGCGCAGGUUCAUCCCCUCAUAGCCUCGCGGUGGGCUAGUUAUCUAUAUACCGACCUGGUGGAAGUCGUCUUGGUCGCCAACGAAGGAUACUCACCCGGCAUGGUCAGCUUUUCCUGUCGCGUUGCCAAAUGCGCCAAGGGCAUGUUCCCGCCAGUCGACACCAUUAAGUUUCUUCGUGAAACCGCUGACCGUGCGGCCGAUCCGACACUCCGAGAUCGAUUGGGAGAGUCCUUUGCUCGCGGACAUAAGGUGGCUAGUGGAGGAAAAGUGCCAAAGGCCGAGUUUGAAGAGCUCAUGGAAGUGUUG